UUAGGCAGAAAGAUUUUGGGGAAUUAAUUACGAGUUGUUUUGUUUAUUUUUUAUUUAUUUGAUUACAUAAUGUCCGAGUAGGAUAUUUGUCCCAAUUAAUUUAAACUUUCUCAGAUCACGUCGAAAAAAAUCACAAAACUUAAAACAAAAUCAAACUGAAGGAGGCUGUAUCCUCAUCCUGUCAUCCAUUUUAUGAGGACUAGGAAGGCCACCCACGAAGCGAUGUUCGGCCAUAACAGCCAUCACGGCAACACUGUUCAGUGCUUGCAGAUGAGAGAGUUGGGUGUCAAAAGGUCGAGACUCAGUAAAAAGGCCAACCCCGAUUUGUGCUUCAAAAAAUUCAUAGAAGAAAAAACCUCUAACCUUGAUACAAAUAAUAAACCAUUCGAGAUAUCUCGGCAAACGAAAUCAACGAUGAUUAUUGAUUUCAGCUAUGACCGGAAAUACAUAGCUUCCUCGCACGGCGAUCAUACAAUUAGGAUUUCAGAAAUUAGUACCGGGAAAUGUGUGCAGACACUGAAGGGCCAUCCAAGAACGCCGUGGUGUAUCGCAUUCCACCCCAAGUACCCCACACUUCUUGCGUCGGGCUGCCUCGGUGGUCAAGUUAGGAUUUGGGAUAUCACUAGUGGGUGCAGUGAGAGUUGGAUGUACCCGGACAUACGAUCGAUAUGCUCGCUAUGUUUUCAUCCGGCUGAGCAGUUGCUGCUAAUUGCAGUGCACGAUAAAAUUUACGCCUGGAGCUGGUGUAAGGAUAAGCCGUAUCUCCUUUGCGUGACUUCGAGGAAUGAGAAAGUUAGAUGGCUGCGAUUUCAUCCAACUGGCAAUUGGUUGUACACUGGGGUCUCCAAUGGAUUGACAGCCAGCAAGAGAACUUCAAGAAUGCCCUUGUAUGAUCCGCCAAUGAAUAGAGCAGGUCCAGAGCAUGACCACAGUUACCGCCGGUUCACUUACCGCCUGUCACGCUUCAGACCAUUCAACCACAACCUCAACAACAACGAUAACAUCGCCGACUACAACAUCAACGACGACGACGACGACAACAACAACAACAUUAACAACAACAUCAUCAACAACAACAGCAACCGUUUCAACAGCAAUAGCAACAACAACAACAUGGCUGAUGAUGAGGAUGGUGGUGGCGAUGAUGACGACGACGACGAUCCUGUCGUCGGCGCUCCUAGCAGCAGUAGCAUCUUUAAUCGCGGCC